GGUUGCGAUACACGUUACACUAAAGUGACAAAUAAAUCAUUUUUUCACAGAUACAAUUUCCGUUUUUAUUAGUUACGUAAUUUCAUGCUGCUGUUGGUCGUUUACCUGUUGAUAGAACGAGUGAUUAUUUUAACGAUGGUUUCGAAGUACAACUUGGGACUGUAAGAGAAAUGUACUAUCUUGAACUCGCUAAGUAUCUUUGGAUCUGUCAUCUUUGCACAUAUUCCCGUGUUAGCAAGAUUGCUUCUUACAAAUACAAAAUUCAUCAGGAAUUACCGGGAAGAAUCCAACUAUUAUCCUGCUGGAAGGAUUGUCCCAGACUGGUUUUGCACGUUGUCGUUAGCUAGCAAGCUAAAGUCGCAGCUUGGCUGAGCCUAACGCAUGUAGUAGCUAGGAGGCCCCGACACCAGACUACCAACUAUGAGACUUUUAAGGUUUCUCCGGAGCGGCGUAUCCAUAGGGAAGGACAUAGACUAUUAUUCCAAAUUUUCUCCAUCCCCUCUUUCAAUGAAGCAAUUCCUGGAUUUUGGUUCUGAAAACGCCUGUGAGAAAACGUCCUUCAGCUUCCUGAGACAGGAGUUGCCAGUGAGGUUGGCAAACAUCAUGAAGGAGAUUAACUUGUUGCCAGACAACCUGCUAAGGACUCCAUCAGUGCGUCUGGUUCAGAGCUGGUAUGUGCAAAGUCUCCAGGAGAUCCUGGAGUUCAAAGACAAGAACGCAGACGAUGAGAAAGUCACAUAUGAUUUCACAGACGCAGUGAUCAAUAUCCGAAAUCGCCACAACGAUGUCAUCCCCACCAUGGCUCAGGGUGUUGUGGAGUACAAGGAGACAUACGGCACAGACCCGGUGGUCAGCCAGAACGUGCAGUACUUCCUGGACCGUUUCUACAUGAGCAGGAUCUCCAUCCGCAUGCUGCUCAACCAGCACACGCUCCUCUUUGGCGGGAAGGUGAAGGUAAAUCCAGCACACCCUAAACAAAUCGGCAGCAUUGAUCCUCACUGUCAAGUCAGUGAGGUUGUCAAAGAUGCUUAUGAAAAUGCAAGAAAUCUUUGUGACAGAUAUUACAUGAACUCUCCUGAGCUCAAACUGGAGGAGUUUAAUGUCACAGACGAGGAACCCAUUUCGGUGGUCUAUGUCCCAUCUCAUUUAUACCACAUGGUGUUUGAACUUUUUAAGAACGCCAUGCGAGCCACCAUGGAGCUGUACGGCGACGGCAUGGACUAUCCUCCUAUCCGCGCUCAGGUGGCUCUGGGAACUGAAGAUUUGACAGUUAAGGUGAGCGAUCGCGGAGGGGGCGUGCCUCUGCGUAAGAUUGACAGGCUCUUCACGUACACGUACUCCACUGCACCUCGGCCCAGCAUUGAUGGGCGGGCUGCUCCUCUGGCCGGUUAUGGCUAUGGUCUACCCAUCUCUCGACUUUACGCCCGCUACUUCCAGGGAGACCUGAAGCUCUACUCUCUGGAGGGCUACGGGACUGACGCAGUCAUCUACAUCCGGGCACUGUCCACAGAAUCCAUCGAGAGGCUGCCGGUGUACAACAAGUCUGUGUGGAAACACUACAAGACAAUACACGAGGCAGAUGACUGGUGCGUGCCAAGCCGAGAGCCCAAGGACAUGACCACGUUUCGUCGGUUUUAGAUGCAAGGUGACAACUGUUCUGUAGCAAAAGUAUGCUUGUUGGUGGUCUUAAAAGUCUGUGUGUGUGUGUGCGUAUUUUUAGAGCCACUGCCAUGCUUCGUAGACCUGUUUUUAUUAGGAUUUCUUAUGAAUAUAGGGACUCUUAUUUUUCAUGGUUGGACAACACAGCUUGUUUGCACAGUAGCGACAACAGAAACUGCAAAAUAACUACUUGAAGAGAUUUGUUCAUGAUGUAAUAAUCUGUCAAUGUUACCGUCUUGCAUUGCUUACUGGUAAAACAUUUUAUCCAGCUCAGUGUGAAACUGAAAUUUUGAUUUGAUGGUAUAUGAUAUUUUAAUGUUUUACACUAUUGUAUUUUUGGUUUAGAUGAUUUCCUAAGGUACAUUUUCUUUUUAGCUGUUUUAUAAGUGCAACACACUUUAAUUAUUUGCACGUCACCCUAUUGUGCAACCUAAAAUAAAUGACAGUUCAUUUCAAAUUUGUCCUUACAAUAAAGCUUGAGUUGGUGUG